AACUCGCUGUCCCGGCAGGCCCCGCAGCGGCGGCAGGGCUACGUGGCGCCGCGGGCUGCGACUGCGCCGGCAGGUGGAGCAAGAUGGCUGCGGAGCAGGGCGUGAGGGUCGUCGGGCCCCGGCCCGGAGGGGGACUGGGAAGGGUGAUUCGGGCCCUCGUGCUGCUUCUGUGUUUUGUGGCCCGCGGAGGCGCGCUUUACUUCCACAUCGGGGAGACCGAAAAGAAGUGCUUUAUUGAGGAGAUCCCGGACGAGACCAUGGUUAUAGGAAACUACCGGACGCAGCUGUAUGACAAGCAGCGGGAGGAGUACCAGCCGGCCACCCCCGGGCUCGGCAUGUUCGUGGAGGUGAAGGACCCAGAGGACAAGGUGAUCCUGGCCCGGCAGUAUGGCUCUGAAGGCAGGUUCACUUUCACCUCCCAUACCCCCGGCGAACACCAGAUCUGUCUUCACUCUAAUUCCACCAAGUUCUCCCUUUUUGCUGGAGGCAUGCUGAGAGUUCACCUGGACAUCCAGGUGGGUGAACACGCCAACGACUACGCAGAAAUUGCCGCCAAAGACAAGUUGAGUGAGCUGCAGCUACGAGUGAGACAGCUGGUGGAGCAAGUGGAGCAGAUCCAGAAGGAGCAGAACUACCAACGGUGGCGAGAGGAGCGUUUCCGGCAGACCAGCGAGAGCACCAACCAGCGGGUGCUGUGGUGGUCCAUUCUGCAGACCCUCAUCCUCGUAGCCAUCGGCGUCUGGCAGAUGCGACACCUCAAGAGCUUCUUUGAAGCGAAGAAGCUGGUGUAGCCAGCUCACAGGCCAUCCUUCCUCCCGGGCUGGGGGAGAAAGGGCCUCCUGGAACUGAUUUCUCUCUAGCAGGAGGACUGGUUCCGAGCCAUGGAUGUCUGGAGGGGAAAGGGGCUACAGGCACCCCAGGCACAAGUUUAGGGCAGGAGCUUGGCUGGCUAAUACUGAGCAGGUGGUGGGGCAAUGCCUGUCCCCUCCCCUGGGCUCUAAGCCCUUUGCAGUAAUCACCCAGGGUCUGGUGAAGCCACUGGGAGCCCCAUUGGCACCUCAGAAUCACAGUGUUACUGAUCAGGGAUGUGAGGCUGUUGUCUGGGGUGGCUGGGGAGGGGGGAGUGGGUAGGCACGCCAGUCUUUUUUUCUGUCUUCCUUUGCUAACUUGGGAUUUGAGCAGGUUGGGGUGUGGCUGUGAUUCCCUGCCACCCUGGGAACCUCACUGUACCCUCCUUGGGCCUAGACCCAGACUGCAGAUCCAGGGUAUGUGUGUCAAUGGAGGGUGGGGUUGAGGGGGUUGCAGUGUGGGAAACUAGCCCUGAGGUUGACCUCAGCUUCUCAACAUGGUUGUCCUUUUGGGGGCUUGAGGAACUGGGGUCAGGCCAGGCAGAGGCCUUGGUGCUGGCUGGGGAUGGGGCCUGCAGAGUCUUAGUUACUGAUUUCAUUUUCAACAAGUCUAGGUUUGUUACAUUGGUUUCCCAAUAAAAAAUAAAAAAAUUC